ACCCCGGCAAUGUUUUGACCAUUACGCAUCUUUGCAGGUGUAUGGGCCAGUCCCGGGCUGAGAACCUGGACUACGUGAAGAAACACAUCAAGUUGAACAAACUGGUAAUCUGGAUCGGAACAAGAAUUUACCUGAGUAAUACGAAAGCUCACGGAAUCGGCCGACACACCCAUGAGGAAGUGUUGCACAUUAUGGAGGAAGAUUUGAGAUCAUUAUCGGUCUACCUUGGGACAAAGAAAUUCUUUUUCGGCGAUCAACCAUGUGAGACAGAUGCUGCUUUGUUUGGACUGUUGUGCCAGUUUUGCUGGCAGUGUCCAGGAAGCAAAGGGGAACAACUCGUGAACGACAAGUUCACAAAUCUUGUGGAGUAUUGCGAGCGAAUGAAGGCAACAUUUUGGCCGGACUGGGAGGACUGCAUCACGGCGGACGGAACUAGAACUGCAACAAAAUAACAUGAGAACUUAAUAAAUGGAAUGUAACCCAAAGACACCUUAAAAACAUAUACCUAGGCCGCCAGAUAACCUACCGGACAAUGAUAAUUUUACUGCAUUUGCAUAGUAAAUAUCGUAGCCAGACAACCAACCUAACCCAAGGCAAUCAGUAGUAAAUGUUUCUACUGAACAGACAAUAUCAAAUGUUUUCAAGUAUUCGAUCAAAGAUUAAUCGUCCAGUAUACCAGCAACACCACACACCUUCCACGGCAAAAUUGACACCGGCGAUAUGGCUUUCUUGUCCCCGUUCAAAAUAGUCCGGCCGGCCAUAGCUCCAAUCUCCCGUUCGUGUUGUUGUUGCUAGUGGUUCUUGAUGAUCGGGGCUCUUAUCGUGUCGGUGUAUGCGAGGAUCUGUUCCCAUCUGUACGCGGCACGGUAACAAGCCUGUCAUUCUUGAAGUACCCAACAAGCCUUGUUCCUUACUGUCACGGAGUUUCUGACGUUGUCUUGUAGUGAGGUCAUUCGAUAUGCCAUACCCUCCUUCCUUCAUCACUGGGCUAGCUUUCAGUGCUUCAAUCUGAUUCUCUGAACUUAGCAGUAAGGGGUCUCGGUCUACUAGCAUCCGAGCUUUCAGUAUCAAGGCGAUGAGCACGAAUAAUAUCACUGGGUGACCAUGUCUUAACAUGUACAUGCUCAUUUAGGAUGGAGAAGAAAGUAUCCUGGCACUGGAUAUUUCUUUCACCAGGUUUCUCGGCUACGCCACAGGGUAUAACAUUGUCUCUCGUACUUAAAGCCUCUAGUUUAUCCAACUCGUCGUCGACUUUGUCACCUGGUCCUGCACCAAAUACAUCUUAUUGAGCGAGACAGUAUCAGCGUUCACCACUUCGAUACUCUGGUGCAUAUUUGUCAAUUCGGAUUUCAACUCUGCCGUUUGUGAUUCCAAUUUUCAUCUAUGUUAUGUUACCUCUUUACUUUAUUAACUACGUCAUUCAGAUUUCUAUUGAUACUUUGUUUAACGAUUUUAAAUUGGGUAAUUAAUUCAUCUAUUGAAUCCUUAAGUGAUAAUGGUACUGGGUUCGAGUCCACGUCAUUUGAACAUAUAAUUCUGUGUGUAACAACUUCAUCCGACACCGGUCCACCACCAAGCAACACACAUCACGAUACCCACGUGCAGUGUGAUAGGCAACGUGCAGCUGAUCAAAUUCCAAUUUGAUGAUGUGAACAAACAAAGCAGUUUGAAAUGGUGGCUUUUUCGGCAGAUAAACAGAAAAGUCCUUUCAGUGAAUAUAGUUAGCUAGAUAUGUUGAUGCUCCGUAUCCCUCCGAUAGUGGUAGCGAGCACCUGUGCACAAAUAAGAGUCAAUAUUGAAUAUCAGAACAUCUGACUGUGGGUACCCGUGAAGGUCCGGGUUAGAAUAUUGAUCUUCAGAAACUCAUGCUUGUCGUAAGAGGCGACUAACGGGAUCGGGUUGUCAGACUCGCUGACUUGGUUGACACAUGUCAUCGGUUCU